AACUAUGUAACAUACACGUUUUAAAUCUUAACCGACCGCUUAUUAUGUGAUUUAUGACAACCAGAAUGGAAUUACUGAAGACAUUACCUGGAGUUACUGUCAGGAAACACGAAGUUCAAUAUCCACACCAUUACAAUAACGUACCCAGCAAUGUAACGGUGCUGAAUGUAUUGCGACCCUUCUCGCAGCAGCGAGUAGGGUCACUGCACGCAAAUGUAAGCCCAAGGCUUGUCUACAGCGCUGGCGACAGCUAUAUAAUGAAUUUCGGUGGCGAUCCUAUGCUUCGAGGAGAUUCAAUAUUCUAUCCUAGAAAACCAGAUCCCAAGCCGAUCUUGAAGAAUCAAAAUGCAAACAAUAGCCCUUACGGUAGCAGAGUUUUGUUUCUAGAACAUAAUGCUGCUAAUGUAAAGAGAGAAGGCGCAAAGUCACCUGGUAUAACACGAAAGUCUCAGAAACAUGGAACCGUUAAUAACGUAUUAAACCAGUCUGAACAGCACGUGAUUCCAAAAACUCCAAGUAAAAAUGUAACAUUCAAAUUGGAAAAUGAAGAUAGACGCAGAAACGUUGUUGAAGCACAGUGGUCGCUCGGGAUCUCAAAAAUCAACAAACCUCUACGUGAGCCAAGAAAAAUUCACUCAGAACAAUACAGAUCUAAUGAACCACGCCGUGCUCUAACUUCAGAGCAAAGCAGUAGAAAGUACUUUUUGCCACUCCUGCUGAAAAGAAAUACUAAAGGAAAUCAUAUUGUGCCUGCGACCGCCACUCCUUCUCCAAGACGUCCACAAGGUGUUGGCGGAUUUAAUGAUCGAGGACCGUUACGAUUCCGCUCGAUGGCAGACGAGUACAGAAAUACACUGAACCAACCUGGGGUAAACAAAAGAGGGCUUCAAAGACCAAACGUCAGUGCGUGAUACUUGUAAACAUAUGGCGAACCUUAUUUGAAGUUGAAAAACAAAGGAUUUGGGAAUCAAAUCUAUCAAACUAUGAAAUAUUAAAAUGGGAUCACGUAAGAUAACCACGAACAAAUAUAUCAAUAAUGAACUGUGUUUUGUAGUUAAAUACAUUUAUAAGAAUAUAACAUCAAACAUAACCUGAUUUAGGAAUUGUGCCACAAAAAUUAUAGCCGACUGAAAAACGUAUUGGGAUUUCCCAAAUUUCAAAAAUAGUUUUUCCAUUCCAUUUGUCUGUAACGAUCAUUCAUUCUAUAGAUUUAUGAUUAUAUAUGCCCAGGCUAUAUGCAAAUAGUAUAAGAUGAAAUUCAGAUACACUGUGAAUCAUCAAAUUGAACAAACAUAUCAUUAUUUUUCCUCUAUUAUACCGCUCAUUACAAAAAGUAAGGUUACGUCUACCGGGAUAUCAGGCAACGUUUGGCAAAAUGCCUUCUUCUUUUUCGAUUUUAUAUUUUUAUUUAUCGUACAAAAGCAGUUUUAUUUUUACAUUAUGAUUUCGAAUGGAGGAAGAAUAUUAUGUCGUAACGGAAAUAUAUAUUCUCGGUUUAGAAGACUUCCAGUGUUCACAUAUCACAAUGCAUUACAGAAUGUCUAACAAAAGAUCGAAUUUCAUUUAUUCUUGCUUGUACUAAACACACUUCAAGUUCCACUUGACUGGUAAUAGGCUGACGGCGCGACAAAAUAGUUUCAGGCUUUUUGUGGUCGAAAGACGCGCCAGGUGCCAAUUUCAAUCUCAAGCUCGCUGUUUGCCAAUACAUCUUUACAUUGUUAAAGCUGUGGUCAUUAAUUUCCUAUGUGUAACGUAUUAAUAUAAAUAUUAUUUUGUGCUACAAAAUGUGUACUAUUAUUGAGC